AUGGAUGAUGAUGUAGUUAUUGGUGGAAAUAAUGAUGAUGAUGAUGGUGGUCAAGGCGGCGGUGGCGGUGGUGGUGAUAAUGUUGGUUCAAUGAUGAUCAUGUUCGAUAAAGAAUUAUUAGAUCAAUCUGGUGAUUUAUCUGAAUCAACAACAAAAUUAAAUCAACAAAAUCUAGUACCAUGUUCAUUAUGUGAACGAAAAUUUUUAUCCGAUCGAUUGGAAAAACAUUUAAUUAUCUGUCAAAAGAUUAAGGAAAAGAAAAGAAAAUUAUUUGAUGCAGCCAAACAACGUGCAGAAAAUUUGGAUAAAAUUAACCUGGUACCGACGGAUAUUAAUAAUGUUAAUAGUGAACAACAAACAAAUCAAUCAAAAUCGAUCAGAAAAUUGAAAAAUAAUAAACGAUCAACGAAUAAUAAUAAUGAUAAUGAUACGGCGGCUACGGUAAAAAAACAAUCAAAUUGGCGACAACAACAUGAAGAAUUUAUUCGUACAAUACGUGCAGCACGUGGUGUAUCCAUCACUAAUGAUGAUGAUGAUGGUGAUGGUGAUGAUGAUUUAUAUGAUCAACAACAGAAAAAAUCGAUUAAUGUAAUACCAUCAGGUUUUAUUGAAUGUCCUACAUGUCAACGUAGAUUUUCAAUCAAAGCAGCUGAUCGUCAUAUAGAAUGGUGUGCAGAAUCAAAACGUAAACAACAUGAACGACAACAGAAUGGUAUGAAAAAUCAACAAGAAGCAUUACAACGUAUGAAAGCAAGAACAAAGUACAAACCAACACCACCUGGUAACAACAAUAACAAUGACAAAUUAAUAUCACGUUCAAAAUCUAUAACAACGUUAUCAAGUACUGGUUCAACAAUAUCAUCAACAUCAUCCACACCAUCAACAUCGACGAUUCGUUCAACAUCACAGGAUAAUCUACGUCGACCACAACAACAACAACAACAACAACAACAACAUCCAACGAAUGGUAUAAAUCAUCGACGAAAUAAUGCAAAAAUUCUAUCGAAAAGUACGGAUAAUUUACCGAAUGCAAUAAAAAAAGGCAAAACUACAACGACGACAACAGCGAUGAAUAAUUCGAAAAUUAGUAAUAAUAACAAUAAAUCACCAUCAAUGUCAAGACGCACAACAACAACAACAACAACAACAAUGAACAAUAAAAGCAAUAAUAAGAAGAAUAUUGAUCGUAAUAAUAAUCAGAAAUUUACAUCGAAUGGAUAUAAUCCAAAAUUAUCUGUAUCAAGCAAAAUAGAUAGUGGCAUUAAUCCGGAUCGUAAUCAAAGCCGUAAUCGUAAUAAUAAUCAUCAUGAAAAAUCGGCACCAAUCAUGAAAUUUAAGGAAAAAUUUCCAAAUCAUCAUUUGAAUAAUCAUGCCAAAUCAAUUAUUGAUCAAUUUCAUGAUAUUGAACAUAUUUUACGUAGAAAUUCUAUGGCCGUUUAUGAUGAUUCACCAAAAACGGUACCCGGUGUACGAACUGGUGGUAUUUCGCCUAUUAAAAAAUCAAAUAAUUCAAAUAGUCAUCAUGAUGAUGAUCAUCAUCAUGGAACUAUUCUAUCAAAAUCGGAAACUAAUUUACAAAUGAUGAUGGGCGGUGAUAUUAAAAAACGUAUCGAUCAAUAUAUUAAUCGUCUCUAUGACAACCCAAUAUGGUCAACUACUACUACUACUACUAAUAAUAAUAAUAAUGAUAUGAUGAUGGCCAAUGGCCUUAAUAAUGGUGAUGAUGGUAUUGUUACUAUCGGUCAACAACCACUAACACAACAUAUUAAUGGUCGUAUUACAGAAUCAUCGAAUAUUCAGCAGCCAACAACAACAACAACAACAGAUUCAACCACAAUGAUUCAACGACAAAAUUCUGCCAAUAGUGAUGAAGCUCGUAUGUCUACAUCGGAUUCUACCGAUUCGGGAUUAGGUGUCGUUGGUUAUGGUUUGACAAAUGGCUGUACAAAUCAAUUAUUGGAAACAGUAAAUGAAAAUGAUAUCAAUCUAUUAAAAUCACGACAAUCUGAUCGAUCCGGAAGUAAAAUUAGUAGCCGUACAUUUAGAGCUGAUAUGGUUGGCUCACCUACAAUGUCGGAUAUUGAACCAACUGCAAAUCAUCUAUUAUUACGUAAUAGUUCAUUGAACGAGAUUGAACUUAAUGGUAAUGAUAUUACCGAAUCAAUUCUAAUCGAUCAUCAUCAUCAUCAUCAUCAUAAUCAUCAUCCACAACAACAACAAAUUGUUGAUCAUGAAAAUAGACCACGAUUCUGUCAUCAAUGCGGUACCAAGUAUCCAAAUGUAAUGGCCAAAUUUUGUUAUGAAUGUGGUUCACGACGAUUUGAAACAGUUACAUAAUUUAAACAUUGAGAGAAAAAAAUAUAGAAUCUCUAAACCAAAUUAAUCAUGUGCAAUCAUCAUCAUCAUUGUUUCAGCUUUAAAAUUCAAAAAAAAAAAACAGAAUUUACAAUUUGAUAUUAUUUAUACACAU